AUGACAACGCGGCUAGAUUUCACAACAGCCGACCUCAUUACAUGCCUGAUUUGCAUCAGAGAAUUCGAUACGAAGACCAGGAAGCCGAAGGUGUUACACUGUGGACACACUGUUUGUGAAGAGUGCACCGCAAUUCUGAAGGACCCCACUGUGUAUGUGUUUAGUCGCAUAUUAUUGGAUGAAAAAUGCUGGAUCAUACUUGGCUGUUCGGUGCCCGACAUGUCGCCAAUUCACAUCUCGAACAGAAAUGUACUGCGGAAGGAUGUUGAUGGAACCACACAUAUAGUAUUCGCAGGAAAAACAGGAUCUCCGGAAGAAGUAGUGAAGUUCAUUAACGAUAAUGGAAUCAGCAUCGAAACCGGAAAACUAAUGCCUCAGAUGGUUCACGACGAAGGAAAUAGCAAAGAAGCAGAAGGAUUUGUUAAGGUCAAUAGGUUGGCUACUGGACAAUCUGCGUUUAAAUGCGCAAAGGCGCCAACAAAGUUGGAAGAAGCUGAAUUCAGAGGAUCAUUUGAAUUGAAAGCGUCGGGAUCCGAGGGAUCCAUAAAGCUGGAAUUGGUGAAAAAAGGAGUAAUUCCGAAAAAUGGAUUCGCAGUGCUCGGCGGUUGUAUGACCAAGCCCAAUCCAAAACGCAUCAAGGAGCUCACUGCAAGUACAAGCACCCCAAGCACUUCUAAAGCGGGAGCUCCAGAAGCGACAGUCGAAGAACCUCUUCCAAAACGUCGUCGUUGCAGAAAAUGA